AGGGUAAUAGAACAGUAAACUAUGUUGCUUCAUUGGGCCAUUUUAUGCAUGCUCACCAAGAUAUCGAUCCGUUUAUAAAUAAUAAUUUUAUUUAUUUAUUUAUUCUGAUAAAUUAGGGUAUAGUCUUGAAAGUAGAUUAUCCUUAAUUCUUGUUCACUUUUCUAUUUUUAAAAAAAUAAAAAAUAAAAAAAUAAAUAAAUUAAAGGAUUAGUAACAGGCUAAUGGGUACCCGGUACUCGAACCGUAUCGACUAAUCGAUAUAUCCAUACUCGUAUUAGUCAUAUGAUAUACCCAAAUCCGGUUCGGAUCCCAUGGUUUUUCCUCAACCCUCAUCCCUAUAAAGCAGACACCAAAACUUUCCCGCUAUUUUCACCCUUUUCCAAUCUCUUGAGACGACUCUUGGCGCCAAACUCCCAUUUCCUAUUUUCUUCUCCACCACACUACGCAGUACACACCAGUAGAGAGAGAAAGAGAAGAAAACCAUGGAAAUCAUGAGAUCUCAGAAGAAAUCUUCCUCCGACGACGUCGCCGUCGUUUCCACCAUCCCUCUCUACCGCACUCCUCCUGUUCUCGAAGUUCGCCUUGAAGAUUUCGAACUCUUCGCCAUUGAUCGUCUCCGAGUGCUCAAAGGAAUUUCCGACGGACUUUCUCGCGGAAAAAAGCCUGAUGAAAUCGAAAAAUUGGUGAAGAAUUUGUUGAAAACUCACAUGGGACAUCCACAGGCUUCUGAGACAAUUAACAAGGACUUAAUCUCUCACUUUGUUCUCCGCCUAGUUUAUUGCAGAUCGGAGGAGUUAAGAAAAUGGUUCUUAUCAAUGGAAACAACUCUCUUUCGUUACCGAUAUAAGCUUGCGAGCUACGAUGAUCAGAAAGCAAUAUUAGCGGAGUUUGAUCUUCCCUACAAAGCAGUUAGCAAUGCAGAAUUUGAGAGUGUGAAGGAGAAGCUAACACAAGUUGCACGAUCCCUUGGGCAGCCUUUGACCAGCGCUGAUACCGUAUUUUACAAGGUACCAUUUGAAGAAGUUCCUGAGCUUGUGGCUGGACGCAGAGUGUACAUUCAUAAAGGGUAUGCAUAUGUUGCUAUGAAUCAGGUUGUUUCUCUUGUUGUCACACAAUUUCGCAGCAACCUAUCAAAAGAUCUUAUACUUACAAAUAGAAAAUGGACCUCUAUGAUUAGCGAAAAGGAGAAGAAUAGAUUGACUCCGAUUGUUGAAUCUCUCAGCACAAGCUACCUCGGUCCUGACUAUUCUGAGGCAAAGGAAUUUGCAGAGAUAUCACUGAAAGACAUCGAUCAAGUAGCAAAUAGUUUAUUUCCCCUCUGCAUGCGCCACCUAUUUGAAAAGCUAAGGGAAGAUCAUCAUCUUAAGUAUGGAGGCAGGAUGCAAUUAGGUCUAUUUCUCAAGGGUGUAGGAUUAACGUUGGAUGAUGCUCUUGCCUUUUGGAAAUCUGAGUUCUCCAAGAAGGUUGGUGCUGAGAGAUUUGACAAAGAGUAUGCUUACAGCAUUCGCCACAGCUAUGGAAAAGAAGGCAAGAGAGUGGAUUAUACACCCUACUCUUGUCAGAAGGUCAUCUCAAGCACUCCUGGUGUUGGAGAUCACCAUGGUUGUCCUUAUCGACAUUUCAGCGAGGACAACCUUAGAGCCGCACUUAGUAAAAUGGGAGUGAAUAGUCGGGCAAUGACUGAUGUUAUGGACAAAGUCCGAAACAAACACUACCAGAUAGCUUGCACCUUAACAUUUGAAGCUAUUCACGGUUCGUCCUGUGAUGCUGGAAUCAACCAUCCAAACCAGUACUUCAGUGAAAGCCAGAAGAUUUUGCAGUUGAAGAACAAUUCUUCUGUUUGAAGAUCCUUAUAUUAGGGGUGGGCGUCAAGAUGGACCUUUGUUAUUGCUUUUGUCUUCAGUUAAAUCGCCUUUUCAGGUGAGCAUAUUGGUAUGCUGGAAUCAUGCUUUUCUACGUGGUCCUGACGACAUCUUCUGUCUUGUUUUAUUGUUCCAUGCCCUACAAACACCACUACGGAAGGAUGCAAACUGUGCUGCAUUGUCCCUUCGUCAACAUGUAAGUUGUUGAUUCGCUUCUGUCUAACUAAUGCUGUUUUUAUAUACAAGUAAUUCCUUUUCUGUAUGCUUCUGCAUUUAAGCUGCUGCAGCUCAGUAUUUCGUAUUACUCUGCGAACCUUUAUUUUGAGACUUAAUGUGGAAUACAUUAUGUGAUAUGGCCUUCUCAGUUUCAUUUUUUUAACCAUGAAUUGCAUGCGGGCAAAAAGUUUGGUAAUUAUUUAAUAUAAAGUUGCCUCUUAUGAAAUUUAAAGGACGGCUUCAGAAGUAAAAUUCUGAGCUGAAUGCAUUUUGUGACUUUCAACUGUGAAUUGAACACACUAUACAUUUAUUAGUACUCCGUAGUAUAGUUCUGAGCUGAACAAGGGCAGGACAGCAGGAAUAACUGGAAAUUUUACUAGAGGUGGU